AUGCCGAGCUUAUACGAUUCGGGACGUAAGGUUCGAAGAUGCUGGAUCUCUGUGCGACACAACGUUAAGCAAUACUAAGAAAUAUUUUAAAUUGAAAAUCGGCCAUAAUAAUAUGACCGCAUGAGGAAAUCCUUGUUAAUCUAAUCUGAUCGAAUCGUCGCCAAUUGAAUCAAUUCUCACACGUGCGACCAUACUCUGUUCAUCACGCCGGUUUCGCUAUAGUUACACUUGUUUUACACGCCUAUCUUCUACUAUAGUUCUAAGUCUUGGCCCCGAAAUCGCACGAUCAUCACAAGCCACAGAAACGCCUCUUCUCGGCCCCUGUAUAUCUGAGUACAUCCCACCGCCCCUCCAUUCUAUCAAUAAUACACCAAAAACCACGAGCAAGAUGAUGCCCAAAAAGCUCUCCAAACAACCAACCUUCCCAGGCAGUAUACCAACAUCAACUCUCUGCCCCGCCCCUCCCAUUCUAUCCGACGGCCUUCCACUCCCUCGCGCCGUGAUCUUCGACCUCGACUACACGCUCUGGCCCUUCUGGGUCGACACCCACGUGUGCGCGCCCCUCCGCGCAGCCAACGCCGAGCGUUCAGCUGCCGUCGACCGAAUCGGUGAGACCUUUACAUUCUACACGGAAAUACCUUCCGUACUACACGGACUCGCACGCGCAGGUGUGAAGAUCGGUGUUGCGUCUAGGACACAUGCACCAGAUCUAGCACGGGAGCUGCUUAAGUUACUACUCGUUCCGCCUGCAAGCAGUGUAUUAGACGAUGGUAGUAACGCCGGUGGUACUGAGGGUGGGGGAAGUACAAGUGUAAGCGCGAAUAAAAAAGACAAGCCAAAACGAGCGAUCGAGUUCUUCGAUGCCGGAUUAGAGAUCUAUCCUAGCAGUAAAAUACAACAUUUCAAGGCGUUGGGGAAGAAGACAAGUAUACCGCAUAAUGAGAUGCUGUUCUUUGAUGAUGAGAGUCGGAAUCGAGAUACGGAGUCCUUGGGCGUUACGAUGUGGUUGGUUAGGGAUGGUGUUUCGUGGAAUGAGGUUGUGGAUGGAAUUAAGGAGUGGAGGAGGCGGAAAGGGGUUUGAUCGGUGUCCAAUGCGAUUAUGGGACUGGAUGGUUUUAAGUAUAUAUCACCUGAAAAGUGCAACUAGAGUUUUAAGGGGACUUUCACGGUAGCAUAGAGUAUAGAUCAAGAAUCCGGCUAGCAGGA